AUUUCCUGCACGUGUUUCCUGCACGCGACAAGCUCUUCAGCAGAUAAAGCCUGGCUGACACCGCAACCGAGAGACAUUCAUACUCAGCCCAAACGGGGACUCAGCCCAAACGGGGCUGGCCCGCACCUGAGAGCUCGCGCUGCGACGGGUGACGUUAUGCGCAGGUAUAAUCUCGCCAGGGGCGGUGGCAAGAGCGCGUGCCAGCGUUUAGUUAGUAUUUGUGCACAGGGCUAUGACGGUUUGGUCCUGCUACCAGCAUCAGAAUAAAGAAACCGCGGAAGUGAGAACCCUCGACGGAGCACUCUCGCUCGCGAGCUGAUUGCCAUGGCAUUAUUAAGCAAGACUCUUUCUUGAUGCUUAAAAAUUUGCGGGGACGCUACUGUAUCGGCAUCCGCGACACAACUUCAGUUGACCCUGCUGGUGGCAGCCCAACCCAGGUGCCUUCUUAGCCAAGAAGUUUUAGUGCUCCACGACUCAAUUUCUCACUAGUUCCAACCACUUCAACCAAGGAGCACACGCUUUUCAAGUAUGGCCACUCCUGAAUUUGCAAAGCCAAGCGAGGAGCACCACUACCGGUCGCACGUAUACAAAUACUCCUCACUUGGAGAUGAGGCGCUGGCAAAGCAGCUGGCUGCCGAUGCAGCCUGGGCUGCCGAGCUUAUUGAGAAGCUCACGCACAUUGGGGGCGACGAGUCCAUGAAGCCCGGCAUCGUAAAUGCCUGCGAGGGUCUUGCGUUUGUGAGGGCCAGCAAAGGUGGCCUUGGUGUCACCAUGGCUCGUGGGAACGGUUUCGUAAUCAGGAAGCUGGACCAGGACCGCACCGGCAACUCGCGCUGGUCGGCGCCCGUGUACUUCUUCGUGUCGCAAAUGGGCAUCGGACUGUCGGCGGGCUACGAGACGUCGGAGUCGGUGCUCGCGCUCAUGGCGACGUCCUCGGUGAUGCACUUCGCGGUCGACCACUCCGUGAUGGGCACCGACCUGGGCCUCAUGUCCACUGAGGGGGCCAUGACCGGCGUGCCCGCUGGCACCUUCGGGCGCAACUCGCACAUGGACGUGCAGGCUGACAACACCAGCGCCUCCUUCUGCUACAGCCUGUCUCAGGGCCUGCUGGCAAACGUGUCCAUCACUGGCACGGGCACGCACCCGGACAAGGCGGUCAACGACAAGCUCUACGGCGAGGGCACCCCAAUCACCGACGUGCUGCAGGGCAAGACUGACACCUUCCAGGAGCUGCAGGUCCUGUACCGCCAGAUCGCCGCCACCGGCCGCAAGGCCCUGGAGUGAUCCUGUGAUCGCCGUGCUCGACCAUGCAUGCAUGAUUGCGACCUCGGUGGUCGCAACCUCCGUGGUUGCGGCCUAUGUAUGUGGUUGCAACCUCCUAGCAUCAAUCGUAAUGAGACUGGGCGAGCACACGAAAGCGAAAUGUUCGAAAGAUGAGAUAGAGUGGGGGGAGCGUCGGGGGUAGGCGUGUUGCAAGCGCGUGGGGUGUACGCGACGCGUAGGCGCGCACAAGACGUAUGUUGCCCGGGUGACACUGGCAUCGGGCGUGACGCCUACUAGUGUGUUGUCCGUAGAUUGUAACCGUGUGACGUUGGGGGCACGCUGAAGAGGAUGUAUGUGCAGGACGGCGCAUUGAUGUUUAGCAGGGAACUGAUGCUGUAACAGUCAUAGGAACGCAGCUAGCCAGUCUUGCGCUUGCAUUAAAUGUUUGAGUACCGUAAAUGUCUGUAAGCUACGCAUACAGUAACCCCAAAAGCUGCUCUUUCUGCACCUGGGUGGAAUGCGGCAACAUGCGCGGCCUUCAUGCGGGCAUCUUUUUACGUGGGGCAUCGCGCAUACCUGUACGUGUCCGCUGUCUUGUUGAGUCAUGGGGCCGGCCACAGUGUCACGGCGACAAUGAACAUAUCGUCGCGGAGCGGGCAAAGCCCUGCUCCUUGUUCUGAAAACAGACAGCAGGCG